AUGGGGUUGCUAUCAAUUCUCCCUGCGAGCUUCUCGACUGUCGAGACAUGGCUCACGCGAAUCUUCUUGGUCUUCGGCCUCGUGAUGAUUGGUCCAUGGGCUGUACUCGUUAUCUAUGACCUGAUACUCUACGUCUUUCGCGCUGUCACCUACGCAAUUCCAGUAGUAGGCGGCCGCGCUCAAGGAAAAGCACGACCACGCGCACCGAGCCUUACGGAGCGACCGAGCGGGCAUCGCAGAAGAUUCAGUUUGGCACGACCGAAGGAAGAAACAGGGAGCAGUACCGGUGCUGUGGCAGCGGACGCGCCGGAUGCUCGGUCUCGACACACAUGA